AUGUGGCUCUACCUGGCUGUCCUCGUAGGGUUUUACUUCCUCUACCGAUGGUACAGGGAAAGACAGACUGUGGACAAACUGACAGAGAAAUAUGUCUUCAUCACUGGCUGUGACUCUGGCUUUGGGAACCAGCUUGCCAGGCAGCUGGAUGCCCGGGACAUGCGAGUAUUGGCAGCUUGUCACAGCCAGAAAGGGGCAGAAGAGUUAGACAGGAUCUCCUCAGAACGGCUGAAAACCAUAGUUUUGGAGAUCACCAAAACGGAAAGUGUGGAAGCAGCAACUGAGUGGGUGAGAGAACAAGUAAAGGGCAAAGGGCUCUGGGGCUUGGUGAACAAUGCAGGAAUUGUAAGCCCAGUGGCCCCCAAUGAGUGGCUGACCAAGGAUGACUUUAUGAAGGUGUUGGAGGUCAACCUUCUUGGAACGAUCGACGUGACUCUGCACAUGCUGCCCUUAGUGAGAAAAGCCCAAGGAAGGGUAGUCAAUGUGACCAGUGUUUCUGGAAGGAUUGCUUAUUCCGGAGGAGGCUACAGUCCUUCAAAAUUUGCCUUGGAGGCAUUCUCUGAUAGUCUCAGGCGUGAAUUAUGUCCAUUUGGUGUCAAAGUGAGCAUCAUUGAGCCAGGUGGCUUUAAGACAAGAAUGGGUAAAAAUAUAGUUCAGCACCCCAGAAUCCGAUGGAGCGGAUUGCCUGAUGAGGUCAAAGAAAUCUAUGGAGAGAAGUACAUAGAAGAUUUUAUCAAGUCAUUUGCUCACAACAUCUACGGCAAGAGCAGCAACUUCUAUCCAGUGACGGAUGCCAUGGAGCACGCGCUGACCUCCUGCUAUCCCCGCAGCCGCUAUGUUGUAGGUUGGGAUGCCAAAUGCAUCUUAAUCCCACUUACAUACUUGCCAGCCUCAUUGGGGGACUAUGUUACAACUCUUUAUUUUCCAAAACCAUCUGGAGCUCUCUAUUAA